GAGGCCUUACCUCGGACAUAGUUCAUUAAGGCCGAAGGUCUCCUCCCCUUCCUUGCUGUUGUCUCGUGCGCUGUAAGGUAGGAGCUCAUCUAUAUUCGCACAGUAGCUUGGACCUGAAGCAGGAGUCAAACCUAAGACAGAGGCUGCUUGUAUGCUGAGAGAGGCUGUGGAGCAGGCACCAUGGAGAACAACGUGACACAGAUCUCUCGAGAGGACCUGGAGGAACUCAGGCAAGCCUUCCAAAAAAUCGACAUCGACAACAGUGGUUAUGUCAGCGAUUAUGAGCUGCAGGAGCUCUUUCGAGAAGCCAGCCUCUCUUUGCCUGGGUACAAGGUGCGAGAGAUUGCAGAGAGGAUCCUUGCUGGUGACACCAACAAAGAUGAGAAGAUAAGCUUUGAAGAGUUUGUCGUGAUAUACCAAGAUAUAAGAAGUAAAGAGUUAAGAGGAACCUUUCGCAAGGCCAUCUCCAGGAAGGACGGGAUCCGCUCGUUUGGAGGAACAUCUGGAUUAUCCAGUGAAGGAACUCAGCACUCAUAUUCUGAUGAAGAGAAAGUGGCUUUCGUCAAUUGGAUCAAUAAGUCCUUGGCAAACGAUCCCGACUGCCAACAUAUCAUCCCCAUGGACCCGAAUACCGACAGUCUGUUCAAAUCAGUGAAGGAUGGAAUACUCCUCUGCAAAAUGAUCAACCACUCCCAGCGCGACACGAUCGAUGACAGGGUCAUCAACACAAAAAAACGCACAAUGUUCAACAUGACGGAGAAUUUGAUACUAGCCCUUAACUCCGCCUCAGCCAUCGGUUGUAUGGUGGUCAACAUUGAUGCUCAGGACAUGAUUGCUGGAACUCCUCACCUGGUACUCGGGCUCCUCUGGCAGAUCAUUAAGAUCGGCCUGUUCGCUAAUAUCGAGAUCUCAAGCAAUGAAGCUCUCAUCGCCCUGCUCGGAGAGGGUGAGGACUUGGACCAGCUGAUGUCCAUGUCCCCGGAGGAGCUGUUGCUGCGCUGGGUGAACUAUCACCUCAAAAAUGCUGGAUGGAAAUCAAUUCAAAACUUCAGCGAGGACAUCAAGGACUCCAAGGCCUACUUCCACUUGCUGAACGAGAUCGCUCCUAGAGGAGAUGCAGACGAUGAGAUACCGAUCAUUGUCGACAUGUCUGGCAUAAACGAGGACGAUGACCUUAAGAGGGCGGAGCUUAUGCUGAAACAGGCGGCUCGACUCGACUGCCGGCAGUUUGUCUCACCUCAGGACGUGGUGGCGGGGAAUCAGAAGCUCAACAUGGCCUACGUCGCCAACCUGUUCAACAUGCACCCGGCUCUGAAAAAGCCUGCCAACAAUGGCAUUGACCUCACUAUGAUCGAGGGAGAAUCCCGAGAGGACAGAACCUUCAGAAAUUGGAUGAACUCGCUGGGGAUAAAUCCGAGAGUCAACCACUUAUACAGUGACCUGAUGGAUGGCCUGGUUAUUCUCCAGCUGUAUGAGAAAAUCCAGGUCCCCGUGGACUGGAAGAAAGUAAACCAGCCUCCGUAUCCUGUCCUUGGUGCCAAAAUGAAAAAACUGGAGAACUGCAACUACGCUGUUGAUUUGGGCAAAAGGGAGGCAAAGUUCUCACUGGUGGGCAUUGGAGGUGACAAUAUCAAUGAGGGCAAUCCCAUGCACACGCUGGCCCUGGUGUGGCAGCUAAUGAGAAGGUACACCCUCAAAGUGCUAUCUGACAUUGGUGACGGAGAGAAAAUCAGUGACCAAGUCAUAGUUGACUGGGUGAACAGCACGCUGAAAAAUGGACAGAAACAAUCUACUAUCAGCAACUUUAGGGACAAAUCGAUCAACACCAGUCUCCCAGUGAUCGAUCUGAUUGAUACGAUCGCACCCGGAGCAAUCAGAGAUGAGAUGGUGAAGAGGGACGACCUGAGUGAGGAGGACAUGCUCAACAAUGCAAAGUACGCAAUCUCGAUGGCUCGCAAGAUUGGUGCCAAGGUGUACGCGCUGCCCGAUGACCUGGUGGAGGUCAACCCCAAGAUGGUGAUGACUGUGUUCGCCUGCUUGAUGGGGAGAAGUCUGAAAAAGUGAAGGCCUGAUUGGUUCCGAUUAUAAUUUAUUAUCCUGAGUACGGGAUGGCAUAUCUGUUCGACGGUCUGUUUGACGUUUAAUAAUGACGUCACAUGUAAAACAUAUUUCUGGGUGAAGCGCAUACCCUGAAAUAUAAGAUUUUGUGUUUAAACAGGUGGAGUUGUGCGCUUUUGGAGUUGCAGUUACUGUGUGAAUUAUACCAGGAAUUUUUCAUAGCUUUCAUCACGUGCUGUCUUUCAGCUCCUGCAUUUUCUGAGCAUCACAAAAAAAAACAAAAAACAUGAUCAUUGAUCAUGAUAUCGUUUAAAUUAUCCUAACUCACCUUUUCAUUUAAUAUGAUCUCCAUUUUCUAUUACUUUGUCUUACUUGUAGUGAACAAGUUGAUUUGUAGAACAAGGAGAUGUUGACUAAUCAGUUUAUUUUGCUAGCAAGGUAUUAUGCUUUAUUGCAUCAAACUGUUGUCUUGAUAUUUACAUAAUGUUCAUAAAUGUUGUUUGCUUCCAACAGCUCAUUAAAUGUAGUAAAAUAUAAUAAUAAAAAAAGUAGUCAA